AUGGCUACCGCACAGGAGUUCAACACCCUCUUAUCCAAGGAUGAAAUCAAACGGUUAGACUUGAAAAUUGCCAAGCUAAAUUCUACAUCAUAUGAUUUGUUUUGUUUUGGUCGUUUCAAGACUUUUGUUAUGAGACUGUUUGUUUCUUUUUCAUUUCCUAAUCAAGUACUUGGUAGAAUACUAGAUGCUGAAGUGAUUCCCAAAGAGGUUGAUAACAGAAUCCUCUCACAAAAGCUUGAGCAACUGGUAUCACUAUAUUUUAGUAGUGAUACAUUAAAUAAAAUAGAGAAUUUUAAACAGGGUCAAUUUGCUAUUAUUGCCAGCAUGAAUCAGUCCCUUAAAAACUGUCAUUUUUCUAAAGCAAUUAAAUAUAUUGUAUCAUUGGAAGACUCGUCUGCAAAGUCCAAUACAGAGUACAUCGCCGAUAUAGAGGUUGCGGCCAAGAUUAUAUCAGAUAGAAUUGUUUAUAAUGCAAUAAGAUCAGCCGUACAAUUCGAUAAUUUCCUCAUCAAUGAAUUAGCAACAAAAUAUGAGGGAAAGUCUUUGAGAGAAAUUCCUAGAGCCAACUUUUUAUCUUCUUUUAUCAAAGCACAGUGGCAAUGGAAGUAUGGUAGAAGAUUACAUUAG